AUGUCUUAUCCAUCUGAAGGAUUAGAAGGUUUUUAUCGUAAUUCUUUUAUUCAGAUUAAAAAACGUUGUGAAAAACAAUAUGAUUUGUCAAGAUUUGAAUAUGCUGCUAGUUAUCCAUUUCUUGAUCAUCAAGCCCCACCAUUUUCUAUACUUGUAGAAUUUUGUAUAGAUGCUUCUCAGUGGUUAGAAAAAGAUAAAGAUAAUGUUGUAGCUAUUCAUUGUAAAGCUGGAAAGGGAAGAACAGGUACUGUCAUCAGUGCAUUAUUAUUACAUUUACAUUUAGCAAGUAAUGCAAAAGAAGCCAUUGAAUUAUAUGGUAAACAAAGGACACAUAAUUUAAAAGGUGUUACUAUUCCAAGUCAAAUUCGAUAUGUACACUAUUAUGAUUUCAUGUUGAAAAAUGUUCAAUUAUAUGAAUCAAACAAGAAUACAAGUUUAAUAAUUACACAAAUCGUUAUUCAUGAAUUGCCUGAAAGCUUAGAAAACAAUAAGGAAUUUGAAUUAAAGAUCUUUGGAAAGGAUGAAAGUUGUAUUUAUCAAACAAAAUCAACCAAAUCAAAAGGCAAGGAUAUUUUUUAUUUUUGGUUUAAUACAGCCUUUGUAUUCAUCAUGAAUCAUAAUGUGCUUCAUUUAAAAAAACAAGAUUUAGACUUGGCUUUCCGAGAUGAAGAAUUUCAUGAAAAUUUUUCUGUUGGGAUUACAUUUAUUAAAGCUUAA